UAGGGAAGCCCAAACCGGAAGCGCCGGGGGCGUGACCUGAGCUCCCUUGAAAAGCGCGGGAAUUCGGCCUGGUUGGAGGCCUUGCUGUGAGGCACCCGCUGAGGCCCCGGCUGGGCUUGAGAGCGGCAGCCGUGUCAAAGCACGCGCGGUUUGCGUGACAGUCAUGGCUUUUGCUGUAGUGUAGAGCGGUGUUUUUCGCCACCUCAUCCCUUUUAAGAUGGUUGGGCUCCACCCUCAUCCGCCCCUAAAUAAACCGGCUGGGGAAUUCUGGGAAUUGAAGUCCACUCAGGCGAGGCGGUUGGGAAACAUUGGCGUGGAGGAGAGAGAAAGAGAGGAAUAUAAGCCGCCUCUCAAAACUCUUCUGGCUUGGAAAAGAGCUGAAGACAUAUCUGAAAGACAACUAAUUGUUGCUUGCUGUGAUGCAGUAGUGCUAUAAAAUGGCUAAGAGAGUGGCAGAGACUGAGCUGACUGACAGAAACUGGGAUCAAGAAGAAGAAACAGAGGAGGUAGGGACUUUCUCAGUGGCCAGUGAGGAAGUUCUGAAAAACAGACCAAUUAAGAAGGCAAAGCGUAGAAAUGUGACGACUGAGUCAGAAAGUGGCGGAGCUUUUAAGGGAUUUAAAGGUUUCGUUUUACCCUCUGGGACUAGUAUCUUUUCUGGUUUCGGGAAUGGCUCGGGAACAAAAUCCUUCGGAGGGUUAUCCAAUGGUGGCGGCAGCUCCAGCAGCAUUACUCACAGCGCUUCGCUCUCCAGUUUAAAGACAACUUCAGAAACCGAACCUACAUUUAGUUCUGUGGUCUCCAGCGGCUCAGCAAAUAAUAUUACAGUUGAGAAAGCCUCUGCACAUGCGGAAGCCAAUGGCGAGAAUCCAGAGCCCUUGUCUCCCGGACUCACUCAGAGCAAAGCCUGCAACUCGAAGAGCUAUCAUAAACAGUUGGCCGCCCUCAAUUGUUCUGUACGGGACUGGAUAGUCAAACAUGUCAAUGCCAACCCGCUCUGUGACCUGACCCCCAUCUUCCAUGACUAUGAGAGGUACUUAGCUGACAUAGAGCAACAGGGCCUCGCUGGCAACGGCAGCUCUGGAAGCAGCAGCAGCAAAGCCGCCGAAGCUCAACCUCGUCCUGCGUUUGGGGGCACCGCCCUUCCUCAGGGCUCCACGUUUUUGUUCAACAGCAAAUCGGAAGAGGUCCUCGGGAAGAAAACGGAAUUGGAAAAGAAAAUAGAACUCAAACCGGCAGCUGCCUCCACCACCGCCUUGUUCGCUUUUGGCAAAAGUGACAAAUCUAGUACGAGUUCAGGGGCGGCAGGAUCUGGAUUCUCAUUUUCCCCUGGAAAUGGAGGUUUGUUUGGCAAAGAUGCAAGCCAGACCAAGGUGGCUUCUUCCUUUUCCAAUAAUUCAUUGGACGCCCCGGCCGAAAAAGCUGGCAACGCACAAACAGGGGGUGACGAAGAGGAGGAAGAGCCGCCCAAAGUAGUCAUUAACGAAGUCAAAGAAGAGGACGCCUUUUACUCAAAGAAGUGCAAAGUCUUCUACAAGAAAGAUAACGAAUUUAAAGAAAAAGGAGUAGGAACAUUACAUUUAAAACCUGCCAGCAAUCAGAAAACUCAAUUGUUAAUACGGGCAGAUACCAACUUAGGCAACAUAUUGCUGAACAUUUUGCUGCCUCCCAAGAUGCCGUGUUCGAGAACGGGGAAGAACAACGUUCUCAUUGUUUGUGUCCCAAACCCCCCCAUCGACGAGAAGAAUGCCACAGUUCCUCUGCCAAUAUUGAUAAGGGUGAAGACAAGCGAAGACGCAGAUGAGUUGCACAAAAUUUUGCUGGAGAAAAAAGAGGAGGCCUGAGACUUGGCGUGUCCAGCGUCACAUGGAAACGCCGCCAAAACCGCUGCUGCUCUUUCCCCGCCACUUGACUCUUUAGUAGUAAACUUUUUAACUCAUCGCUCUCAUAUUUUAAGGACCAUCUUAGAAAUUCUGAAGGGUUUGAAUGAGGGAAAGAAAUGGAAGGUGGGCCAAUGGAAACUUGUAACCUUAGCAUGGAUGUUUUCUCCCCUUCUGAUUUCGAAAUAUCUACUGUGCAAACCAUCCGUCAAUAAAACGUGCAUACGAAAUGCCAAAAAAAAAAAAUCUUUAUUGGUUGUACGUGAAAAUUAAAGUUGCUAAAAGGCCCCUAUUCAUCUAGAAGUGGUGUAGCAAGCAAAUUAUGUGGCCGGUGGGGGUGGGGAUAGGCAAAUUGUAUUUUCCGGCUGGAUUUGGAGUCUUUAUCUGUUAGGGAAAUUCCUUUUACAAUUUGUGUUCUGUUAAAAGCUUUGUUUUUAUGUAACAACUGUUGGAGAAAUUCGAUUAUAGAAGGUCCAGGAGAUAGUUUGAAUGUUAUCUGGAGAACAAUUCUGAAAUAAUUGCCAUUUCUUGAUAUUUAACUGCAAGAUUCACAGCACUGUCUUCCAAGAAGAAAAUGGUGUCAAGAGGCUUGAGGCAAAACUUUGAAAACCUUCAUUCAUCUCAGUUCUCAUUAGAGCCCAUUGAUAAAGAGCUUGGUGGGGCAGCUUCUUCCUUCUUUGUCUCCUUUAGCUCUUCCCAAUCUGUUUUUUCCAUAGGUUGAAUUGGCAAGCACCUAAAAAAAUGCAAGUAGAAAAAUAGGGACCACCUUUGGUGGGAAAGUAACAGCGUUCCGUGCGCCUUUGGCGUUGAGUCAUGCCGGCCACAUGACCACGGAGACGUCUUCGGACAGUGCUGGCUCUUCGGCUCUGAAAUGGAGAUGAGCACCGCCCCAUAGAGUCGGGAAUGACUAGCACGUAUGUGCGAGGGGAACCUUUACCUUUUUGUCUUGUUAAAUUGGGAGAUGCUGACUUUGUCGCAAAAUCUAAGUGCAGGUAGCCCUUGACUUAACAGUUCAUUUAGGGAACUGUUCAAAUACAGAACGGCACUGAAAAAGGUGAUUUAUGACCAUUUUUCACACUUAGGACCUUUGCAGCAUCCCUAUG